AUGAUACCUAAUCCAACAUCCGAUUCAAACUUAAUUAAAGAACAUCAAUUUUACGACUCAUCAUCACCUUCUUCUGCGUCAAUAUCGGCAUCAUCAUCAUCAUCUUCUUCUUCAGCCACAUUAAAUUCCGACUCAAUAAUAUCUGUAAUUCAAAGAGUAAUAACGUUUGAUACUGAUAAUUUAUUGUGUAUGGACAAUUUCCUAAGGUUGAUUGUCAUAUCAUCAGUUUUAAUGCUUUUAUACAGCUUUUUUGCAAGUUGGUUAAGAAGAAGAAGAAGCAUUGAAAAAUUGAGAGAAAAGGCAAAACCAAGCAAUUUGGUAUAA